UUUGCACAGCGUUCAACAUUUUGGAACAAUCUGGAAAGUUCUCUUUCUAACGGUGAGUAUUGUGGCCAAAAAAGUAUGCUCGAUUUAUGUCAAGGCUAUAAUGGAUCAUUACAACAUCCUUUUGUUGAGGUGUGCAUUAGGACCCAGGGGAUGACUGCCACCCUACAGCACAGAGGAGUAUGUGUCUGUUUGAAAGAGGAAGAAAAAAAUCACACAGAUACAAUGUGUGACAGUCACAGCCCUCCACAGCACCGGACACAGAGUGGGAGAGCAUCCUAUCGGAUACCUGCUUAACUGGAAGAGCAGGUGGGACCGUAUCCUAUGUAGCUUUUUUUUCAGAUGGAAGGGAAGCAUGGGGGUAUCUGUUUGAACUUUGCUCCCUGGAAUCGACGUGGAGCUUAUAUUGGAUGAUAACACUUUUGAGGCAAUCCACUAUGGUUGUUUGUUGAACUCACCUGAGAUGUCGAAACCUAAGGAGGCCAAGUAGGAUUGCAUGGUGCUCCAUGAUGAGAAGAAAUACCAGGAUGUCCAGGUGUAGCAUUUCUUCAUCCAGGGAAUGUUUUCACAGAAGUCCAAUCUGAUUGGAGAAUCAUCAGAGAAACUACGCAUUGUUGACAGAGAUGAUCUCAACACAACAGCUAAAAAGCAAAACCGAGAAAGAUAUGUAAUCAUGGAGACGGCUGGUUCCAUCUCAAUCCUGUGAAGUAUGGAGAGGGCAUUGCCAGGUCUGAUGCUCGGUCUCCUGACCAAUCACACGACUCCAAAUGUAGCGUCUGGCCAGCGGAGCACAACCAAGCCCACCCCUCCCAGCCUGGAGGAGGUCAUCCAUUCAGAAUCCCAGAUCAAGGAUCUCAUCGGCCUAUUUUGCAUGGUGACCCUCAACCUCGCAGCACUACUGGGCAACAGCGGAGUCAUGGUGGCCAUCGCCCGUGCCCCUCAUACGAAAAAAUACGUAUUUGUGUGUCAUUUGUGUGCAGUUGACUUACUUUGUGCCAUAUUGCUGAUGCCUCUUGGGAUAGUGACAAGUUCUCCGCUCUUCAGCACUGUAGCGUUUACAGUUCUGGAGUGCCAGGUGUACAUCUUCUUAAAUGUGUUCCUCAUUUGUGCCUCUAUUUUAACUGUAACUGCCAUCAGCAUAGAGCGCUAUUAUUACAUUGUGCACCCCAUGCGCUACGAGGUGAAGAUGACUUUAAACCUUGCACUUGGUGUUAUGGUCUUCAUUUGGGUCAAAUCCAUCCUGCUGGCUUUGGUUACGCUGCUCGGUUGGCCGGCGUAUGGGAACCAGAGCUCCAUUGCCGCAGCCCAUUGCUCUUUACACUGGAGUCACAGUCGACUUAGGAAAGUUUUCGCGAUUAUCUUCAGCGUGCUUUGCUUUUUGAUUCCUGCCGUUGUGAUCUUCACCGUGUAUUGCAAUGUGUACAAAGUCGCACGGACGGCUGCCCGCCAGCACGCUCCGUUGCCCACCUGGACGGCCAGCCAAGCCAAGCAUCGCUCUGAUUCCAUCAACAGUCAGACCACCAUCAUAGCCACGACGCGCAGCCUGCCCCAGCGACUGUCUCCAGAGCGGGUUUUUGGGGGCGGGAAAGCCGCCAUCACUUUGGUUGUCAUUGUGGGUCAGUUUCUAAUUUGCUGGCUCCCAUACUUCAGUUUUCACCUUUAUAUGUCCAUCACAACCCCACUGCAGAGCCCAGGGGACAUUGAAGAGGCCGUCACGUGGCUAGCAUACGCCUCUUUCGCCGUGAAUCCGUUCUUCUACGGUCUUUUGAACAGACAGAUCCGUGAGGAACUGAUAAAGCUGAGAAAAUGUUGUGCCAGUAGACCCAUUGAACUUCGGGCCUCCAGUCAUGAAGGUUCCGUUCAGGAGAACUUUCUACAGUUUUUGCAGAGGACCAGCAGCGCAGCUGAGACCACCAGACCUAGUUGUGGCAAUUCCAGUCCGAGGAACACAGAGGACCAGGGUACAAGGUUACCCGGUCAGAUCUCGGAGGAAUGACUUUGAUAAUGGUAUUGAGAAAAAAUAUCAGUAUACUGUGUUAUGAAUGAAGAUAAUGACUUUUGAACUUUGGGGUUUGUACAUGUGCAUGAAUUUAAUACCAUAAUGAAUUCAUGUAAAUGUCAUGCAGUGUCAAUAUUUGCACUGUUUUCUGUAAAGAAUGUAUCAGGCCUUUACAACAUUGUGUUUUAGACCUAUUUGGACCCUUUGUAACCUACGUAUAUACCUAGUUACCAUGGAUAAGUCACAACAGUUAUUACUUUUUGUUAUUUGUGACCCUGGAUCAUAGAAUCAGUCAAAAGUAGCAUGGGUAUAUUUGUAUCAAUAGCCAACAAUACAUUGUAUGGGUCAACAAUUAAAAUGUUUCUUUAUUUUUUAAUCAUUUGGAUAUUAUGUAAAGAUUAUGUUACACGAAGAUAUUUUGUAAAUUUCGUACCAUAAAUUUCCUACCAUUAGGACUUAAUUUGGACAACUUUAAAGGCGUUUUUUUUUUAUUUUUAGAUUUUUUUGGCACCCUCAGAUUUUCAAAUAGUUGUAUCUCGGCCAAAUAUUGUCCUAUCCUAACAAACCAUACAUCAACUGAAAGAUUAUUUUUUAGCUUUCAGUUGAUGUAUAAAUCCUAGAUUUAAAAAAUUGACUUGUUUUGUGGUCCAGGGUCACAUAUAUUCUUUCAUUUUCAUCUGGUAAAAUACAACUCGUGUUCAAUAAUUACAAUUGUUGAAAAUUUGUUACGGGUAGCCACUCUAUUGAUAGCAUGGUGUAAAUAUUUAUUAAUACUACUUUUUUGUGAAAAAAUAAUAAACUUUUGUCUUACAUUAAUUAAAUCAUGCUCAUAUGUUUAGUGGUUAUUAUUAUUUCACACGGUUUCCAUUGUAAGUUACAUCACAAAGCUUAAUUUAGCUGACAUCACCAACCUUCUCCAUGUAUCUGCAGCUCUGCUGUUUGUUGCUAAUUCCAUGUGCUCUUGUAACCAUGGAAAUGCGAGACAGGGACUUGCAUAGCAACAGGGUGUCUGUGAGCAUUGGUCUAGAAGAUUGGCUAAAAUAAAGGGUAUCUUGGAAGCUAUCAUGUUUUGUCAAUUCCUCAGGUUAUUUAUAUGACAGUAAUGGGAAGAAAAUAUUUUAAAACGUUUGUACAGUAGCUGUCACGUGUACUGAACAGUUUUGCUCGUAGUUUACAAUACAAAUACAAAUGCCGAGAUUGAGAUAAAGGGGUGAUUUUAUGGUCUUUGCUUUUUUGUGUACGACAAACAGAAGGCAAAAAAUCAGUAGCCAAGUUGUUUGUCCUUCGCAAACAAUGAAAUGUUGUUUUUACCAGACCAUAUUGCAGAAUAGGUGUCGUAUUUGUUUAAAUU